CUUUAAUUCGGCAUUUAACCAUAACUCGUUUCCUUUAUCGAGGAUGUUGGGCAAAAAAGAGAAUGGUUUCAGCACAUUAAAUCAAGAAGAGAUAAUUGAGGAAUUUGAGUCGUUGACAAAGGAUGCUGGGAGAGUACAAGAGGAGAUUUUAAAGAGGAUCCUUCAAGAGAACAAAGAGACUGAAUAUCUGCGACAGAAAUGCGGUCUUAACGGAAGAACAGACCUUGAGAGCUUCAAGGUGUGUGUUCCUCUUGUCGUCCACAAAGAUUUGGAGCCUUACAUUCAGCGGAUUGCUGAUCAUGGUUCCUCUCAUAUCCUCACCGCCAAACCCGUUAUUGCCUUGUCUUUGAGCUCUGGAACAACACAGGGGAAGCAAAAGUUUGUACCAUUCACUGAUGACAUGUUUCAUCGUGCAUUGUUCAUAUCUAAAGCCUCCUUUGCUUAUAGAAACAGAGAAUUCCCUAUUGGAAAUGGAAAAGUUUUGCAAUUCUUAUACAGUAGCAAGCAACUGAAGAGCACUAAGAGUGGGUUACCAGCUGCCCCAAUGACAGCUCAUGUGGUCAAUAACCCACAUUACAGCCAAAUGUUACAGGGAAUGAAGGCUCCCAGUUGCAGCCCAAGUGAAGUGAUCUACAGCCCUGAUUUUCACCAGUCACUAUACUGUCACCUUCUUUGCGGACUCAUUUUUCGUGACGAAAUCCAUUUCAUAACCUCCGUGUUCGCUCACGGCAUUGUUCUUGCCUUUCGAACCCUCGAACAAGUGUGGGAAGAGCUGUGCACCGACAUCCAGGAAGGCAUUCUUUCGAGCCGUAUCAUGAUCCCCUCCGUUCGGGAUGCCAUGACAUCGAAGGUCCUCGUCGCGCCUAACCCUGAGUUGGCGGGCACGAUCUAUGAGAAGUGCAAGGCACUGAUGGAGAAUGGGUGGUAUGGACUGAUCCCAGAGCUGUUUCCCAAUGCAAAGUACAUUAGUUCAAUCUUCACAGGGACCAUGCAGCCUUAUGUGAAGAAGUUGAGGCAUUAUGGAGGGGACAUGUUGCCUUUGAUGAGCUCAUAUUAUGGGGCUUCUGAAGGGUGGGUUGGGUUUAAUGUGAACCCUAAAGAUCCACCAGAGGCUGCUACCUUUGCGGUAGCCCCAAAUUUAGGGUACUUUGAAUUUAUUCCUUUGAAGGAUGGUUUGGAGUUGGAACCUGUUGGUGUGACCCAAGUCAAAGUUGGGGAGGAGUAUGAAAUUGUUCUCACAAAUGGCACAGGUAC